UGUCAACAACAUGCUCUGCUUUCCUCUCUACCUAUCAGACAAAACCAAAUGGCUUCAACAACAUACAAGAAAACAAAUACCCUCAGAUGCUUACACAGAGAAGCCUCCAAGUGAACAAUGGGAGAUAUCUCUAAGCUCCAUUGUUUCACCAUUUUCUGCCUCACUUUCCUCGCUUUCUUCCCUUCGAGUACACCCAUCUCUUUGGACUCCUUGACUGCAACGCAGUCACUCUCGAAUGACCAGACCCUUGUGUCCGCCGGCCAGGUGUUUGAACUGGGGUUCUUCAAUCCGGGCAACUCACAGUGGUACCUGGGAAUAUGGUACAAGAAAAUCCUUGGCAAAACAGUUGUUUGGGUUGCAAACAGAGACACCCCACUUUCAAACUCAUCCGGCACCUUCAAGAUCGGCGACCAUGGAAACAUCGUUGUUCUCGAUCAAGCUGGGAACAUGUCAUGGUUUUCGAAUGAAACGCAGGCCGCUAAUCCAGUUGUGCUGCUUUUAGAUUCAGGAAAUCUUGUUGUCAAAGAGAUGAACGAGAACGAUCCGGAGAAAUAUCUGUGGCAGAGCUUUGAUUAUCCCACAGAUACUCUGUUACCAGGUAUGAAGCUAGGAUGGGAUUUAGACCACGGUUUGGACCGGUACAUAACGUCGUGGAAGAGCUCGGUGGACCCUGCAACCGGAGACUAUUCAUUCAAGCUAGAUUUCCGUGGAUUCCCAGAAAUUUUCUUGCUGAACAAACAGGGAGUAGAAUAUCGAAGCGGGCCUUGGAACGGGUUAAGGUUCAGUGGGGUACCGGAAAUGGCGCCUUUAAACGGUCUCGGCUUUGAUUUUGUUAUGGACCAACAUGAGGUAUAUUAUUCGUAUUCGAUAACAAAUGCGUCUCUCAUUUCCCGGUUGGUUGUGAAUGCAACGAACGGCAAUCUUCAACGAUAUACGUGGAUUGAAAGCAGCGGGGAGUGGAACUUAUAUUGGUAUGCUCCGAAAGAUCAGUGUGACAGCUACAAAGAGUGCGGUCCAUACGGUAUAUGCGACACAAAUUUGUCGCCGGUGUGCCAGUGUAUGAAAGGUUUUGCACCCAAGAAUCUGCCGGUGUGGAAUUUGAGAGAUGGGUCUGAUGGGUGUGUGAGGAAUACGACGCUGGGUUGCGAGAGCGACAAAUUCUUGCCGUUGAAGAAUAUGAAAUUGCCGGUGACGACGACUGCUUUUGUCGACAAGACCAUGAAUCUCAAGGAAUGUGAAGAAAUGUGCUUGAAGAAUUGCUCCUGUACUGCUUAUGCUGACUAUAAUAUUAGCAAUGGAGGAUCAGGGUGCGUGACAUGGACUGGUGAGCUUCUAGACGUGAGGGUGUAUACAGAAGGUGGUGGUCAAGAUCUCUAUGUUCGAUUGGCAGCUUCUGAAAUUGAUGAUGCUGGAAGUGUAGGCUCUGGAGGUGGUUCUGACAAGACAAAACAAAUUAUCUUGGCUUUAGGAAUUACUGUUGGUAUUGUCAUUCUCCUAUCAGGAUUGACAGUAUACUAUGUGCGGAAGAGGAAGGGAUUGCAAGGAACGACACGGCAAAAAGGUCUUCGUGAAAGAAGCCAGGAUUUGUUGUUAAAUGAAGUGGUCAUUUCGAGUAAGAAAGAGUACUCGACUGAGAGUAACAUGGAUGAUGUAGAAUUGCCAUUGUUUGAUUUUGGUACCUUAGCAAUGGCAACAAACAACUUUUCUGAUGAAAAUAAACUGGGACAAGGUGGUUUUGGCUCUGUUUACAAGGGUAGGGUUGUAGAAGAUCAAGAAAUAGCAGUAAAGAGGCUCUCAAAGACCUCUGGGCAAGGAAUCGAAGAAUUCAAGAAUGAGGUUAGCUUGAUUGCAAAGCUUCAGCACAGAAAUCUUGUUCGAUUGCUGGGUUGCUGCGUUGAUAUGGAUGAAAAGAUGCUCAUUUAUGAGUACAUGGAAAACAAAAGCCUGGAUGCUGUCUUAUUCACUAAAGAAAAAUGCUCCUUAUUGAACUGGCCAAGGCGCUUCAACAUUAUAUGCGGGAUUGCUCGAGGACUUCUAUAUCUUCAUCAAGAUUCUAGAUUUAGAAUUAUCCAUAGGGAUCUAAAGGCAAGCAACAUUUUACUAGAUGGAGAAAUGAAUCCAAAAAUAUCCGACUUUGGCAUGGCUAGAAUUUUUGGUAAGGAUCAGACAGAAGCAAAUACAAGGAGAGUUGUCGGAACAUAUGGCUAUAUGUCUCCUGAAUAUGCAAUGGACGGACAUUUCUCAGUGAAAUCUGAUGUUUUUAGUUUUGGUGUUCUAGUUUUGGAGAUUAUAAGUGGUAAAAAGAACCGAGGGUUUUACUACGCAAACAAUGAACUAAAUCUUCUCGGACAUGCAUGGAAGCUUUGGAGAGCAGGAGAUGCUUUGGGGUUAAUUGAUCCAUCUCUGUGUGAUUUAUAUUCCCCCUCUGAAGUGAUGAGAUGCAUACAGGUUGGCCUCUUGUGUGUCCAGGAGCGUGCAGAAGAUAGGCCUACAAUGGCUUCUGUGGUCUUGAUGUUGAGUAGUGAAACUGCAACAAUGCCCCAGCCAAAGCAGCCAGGUUUCUGCCUAGGAAGGAAUCCUGCUGAAACUAGUUCUUCAUCUAGUAAGCAAGAAGAAUCAUGCACCGUAAACCAAGUUACAGUUACAAUGUUAGAUGCUAGACCCAUGAAGCUCCUUCUUUCCAUUUUCUUCUGCUUCACUUCUAUUUCCAUUAAUGCAUUAGACACCAUAGCUCCAGACCAAGCUCUCAAAGACCACAAUGGCGACACUCUCGUUUCCACAGGCGGAGCAUUCGAAUUGGGUUUCUUUAGUCCCUGGAAUUCCACCAACCGUUACGCCGGAAUAUGGUUCAAGAAUGUCCCGCAGCAAACUGUCGUUUGGGUUGCCAACCAAAACCGCCCACUAACGGAUUCUUCCGGCGUCCUCUAUAUCAAUUCCACCGGAAACAUAACCAUCCUCGACCGCCAUUCCAGCAUUGUAAUCUGGUCUUCAAAUUCAUUAGCGAAAAAUCCAGUCUUGCAGCUCUUAAACACAGGAAACCUUGUGGUUAAAGAUGGCGCUAAUGGAAACUAUGCUUGGCAGAGCUUUGAUCGCCCAUGCGAUACGUUGCUACCAGGAAUGAAGCUCGGAUGGAAUCUAAGGAAUAACCAGAGCUGGUUCCUGACUUCAUGGAAGAGCCUUCAAGAUCCAUCGACCGGAGAAUUCACCUACAAAAUAGACCCUGGUGGGCUUCCGCAGGCGGUUCUCCGCCAAGGAAGUGACAUUCAAUAUAGAAGCGGGCCUUGGGAUGGGGUUCGAUUUGGCGGAGAUCCGCCGCUCCAAGAAAACCCAGUAUUUAAACCCAUCUUCGUUUUCAACACAAACUAUGUCUACUACACCUUCGAAAACAACGACAAUUCUAUAAUCUCAAGGUUCGUGGUGAACCAGUCGGGCUCGAUUGACCACCUCACAUGGAGCCAGCGCGGCGAGUGGGUGAAGAUAUUAACUAUGCAGGACGAUGAAUGUGACAAGUACGAAAACUGUGGCCCUUACGGGAUUUGCAAGAUUAACAAGUCCCCUGCUUGCGAUUGCCCAACUGGGUUCGCUCCAAAAUCACCACAAGAAUGGAAUGUGUUCGAUUGGUCCAGCGGAUGCACCAUAAAAACUCCGUUGAACUGUAGUGAAAACGUGAGGUUCAGGAAGUUUUCCGGGCUGAAGUUGCCGGAUAAUUCAAAUAUCUUCGUGAACAAGACGGCGAUGAGGUCGGAGGAGUGUAAGGUGGCCUGCUUGAGAAAUUGCUCGUGUGUGGCUUAUGCUGAAACUGACGGGAGUGGCUGUGUGGCUUGGUUCGGGGACUUGCUUGAUAUUAGAGAGUACAGUGAAGGUGGGCAAGAUUUGUUUAUUCGGAUGGCUGCUUCUGAACUUGAGUCCAAUGACAACGACAAACGAACGGUGGUGAUCGUUUCGGUAUCAGUUGCUUUUGUGGUUCUUCUGUCGGUUUCAGUCAGCUGGCUUUUCAUCCGGGAGAAGAUGAUUCGCAGAAGCAAAGCUAAGAAGCUGAGCAUAAAUAAUCCAAAUCAAGAUUACAAGCCAAGUGUUUCAGAGGAAGACGUAGAGCUGCCACUUUUUGAUUUUCAUACUAUUGCAUCUGCUACUAACAACUUCUCUUUCGCAAAUAAGAUUGGUGAAGGAGGCUUUGGUCCUGUUUACAAGGGUAAGCUCUCAACUGGGCAACAAAUAGCUGUGAAAAGGCUCUCCAAAGACUCAAGACAAGGUCUCAAAGAGUUCAAGAAUGAGGUUAUCUUGAUUGCAAAACUUCAGCACCGAAAUCUUGUUAGUCUCUUGGGAUGUUAUAUUCAUGGAGACGAUAGGAUGUUGAUCUAUGAAUACGUGCCUAACAGAAGUUUAAAUUUAUACAUAUUUGAUCAAACAAGAGGUACUGCACUGGAUUGGGGGAAGCGUUUCGACAUUAUAGUCGGGAUCGCUCGAGGACUUCUUUAUCUUCACCGUGAUUCAAGGCUAAGAAUCAUUCAUAGGGAUCUUAAAGCUAGUAAUAUUCUCUUAGAUAGUGAGAUGAAUCCUAAGAUAUCAGACUUUGGAUUGGCAAGAACGUUUGGAGGUGACCAAACUGAAGCGAAUACAACUAGGGUCAUUGGAACAUAUGGCUAUAUGUCUCCGGAAUAUGCAAUAGAUGGGCUCUUUUCCUUGAAGUCUGAUGUUUUUAGCUUUGGUGUACUGGUUUUAGAGAUAGUGAGUGGAAAGAAGAAUAGAGGAUUUUAUCAUCCCGAUCAUGACUACAACCUUUUAGGACAUGCAUGGAAGUUAUGGAAUGAAGGCAGGAUCAUGGAACUAAUGGAUGCUUUGAUGGAGAAGCCGGUUCUUGAAUCCGAAAUUUUACGAUGUAUUCAUGUUGGCCUGUUGUGUGUUGCACAACGCCCUGAAGACAGGCCUACAAUGUCCUCUGCUCUUUUGAUGUUAGACAGUGAGGAUCCUUCACUACCCCAACCUCAACAACCUGGAUUUUACACAGAAAGGUUUCCUGCAGAGGCUGAUUCAUCAUCAACAGGGAAAAGACAAUAUGCUACGAAUGAAGUAACUAUAACAAUGUUACAAGGUAGAUAGAAGUGUGAUUUAGACUCUGUACAUGUUUGUAGCAAAGCAUAUGUGGCUCUCUACAUUCAGUAUUUUCCACCAGAAUUUUGAAUGUGUCACUGCUCAGAAGAUAAACAUUUUGUCAUUGCAGACACAAAAGGACAUCUAUAAUAUCUUCAUCGUUAGUUUAAGGUUGAAAGUACUUUGAAAUCAAUGAAGAGGAGCACAUACCAA